AUGAUGAGCUCCAGCAGUAACGCCAAUACUGUGAUGCCGGUGAAACGCCAACGUGACGACUCGCAUGUGGUGGAGUUGCAGGAUGGACAACGAUUGGGUCACGUCGUGGCGAUUCAGUACUUGACGUAUACUACGGACGAAGGCGAGCGAGUGAUUGACGAGACGUUUCUGUACAAUGCCAUUGCGGCCUUUUUGGGCUACAAGCAUUUCAAUGAACGACGAGGCGACAUUCUACCGCAGUUGCCCCAAGUUUUAGGCGAGUGUGACUUUUAUUGGACCUUUGAAUUUCGAGAUUCCCAAUGGAGUGGAUUGGAGGCGGCCAAGCAAUUGGCCAUGGCUACUGGACAGUUGCAGCAGCAAGAAGAAGAAGAAGAAACAACUACCAAAGAACAUACAACAACUACAAUUCCCAUACCUUUGUCUACAGAACAUCCAACUUCAGAACAUCCAAGUUCAGAACAACCUACAUCAGAGCAACCCACUGAACCUCCGUCAAGUCAACCCACAGCAACACCAUCAUCUGCAUCAUCUUCCACCCCCACUCAAGCUACUUCUACUGGUGCAUCUACAUAUGGAAAUGGCGCAUUUGCCAGUGUCGAACCACCAAGAACGGCACCACCCCGAACCAAUACUCCCAUACGAACUUUACCACCCCGUACGUCCAUGCCACAGCAUACAACUACUAGUAGUACCAAUCCCCGAGGAGGAGAAAGACGACAAUUACAAUUACAAUCACAACAACAAUCCACUCUACCCCACCUCCACCCAUUUGCCAUUUUUGGAGCCUACUGGUCAUCCGUUUCCAAACCUCUCUCGACAUUAUCGGGCGCAUUGGAAAUUCCACAAAUCAGUGGCGCCAGUACCAGUGCCGCUCUGGAUGAUAAUUUCAUGUUUGCCCGCACGGUUGCCACCAAUGAUGGAGAUGCCAAAGCGGCCAUUCGCUAUUACACCGAUAUUGGUGUCACCCAUUUGGCAUGUCUGUAUAUUCAAGACAGUUGGGGCGUCAAUUAUCAUGCAUCGUUGCAGUCAUAUGCCCGACAAUAUGGCAUUCACUUGUAUUCGUAUCCGUACGACAAGUGUUGUGUCGAACUUGUAAUUGCCGAGCACAUGGCACAAUUACACCAUGGACACGUGUUUGCCAUUAUGCACAAUUGGAAACAAGUUCUUGGACACGCCUACAAUUAUGGGAUUAUUGGAACGCCGCAAUUUGCGUGGAUGGCAGCAGAAGAAAAGAAAUGGACUGGAACGGCAUUUGCACUCGACGCCGCCACGGAAUCGCAUUUGGCACAUGCAUUGCAUGGGAUUGGAACACUGAAUAUCCAUUUUGAACUCAUCCAAACAUUGGAAGACGCAUUGGAAGAAAUGGCAUUCAAUCCCCAAUUGCAACAGGAAUUUAUCAAUAUACAUGGCGAUCCCAGUAUUUUUGAGGGAUAUGAAUUUCCACGAUAUCGACCCACGGGAUUUACCAAUUCCAUUUUUGAUGCCAUGGUGGCCCUGGGAUUGACGGCCUGUAAUAUGACAAGAACCACCACCACAAACCAUAAUACAACGACAACCAACAAAACAACCACUUCCACCAUAUUACAACCACUCUUUACCGGACCCGAGUUUUAUCAAAAACUCGUCACCACCACCAACUUUCAUGGCGCCUCGGGACAUGUCUCGUUUGAUCCCCGGACGGGAACACGCCAUCAAGAAGGAAUGCGCUAUAGCAUUGACUACAUUUUACUAAGUGACGAACGCACGACCACCGAUACAAUUCGAUUCGAAUCCAAACUGGCGGCUGUCGUGGGAGGAGAUGCUCCCAUUGAUCAUCGGGCGCCCUUUGUGUAUCACGAUAAUACUACCAAUGUUCCACCGUCGUUGCCGCCCGUUGACGGCAAUUUGAAUUUGCUCCCGACCGGGGCCAAAAUUGCGGGAUAUGUCUUGGGAUCGAUUGUGCUGGCGGCAUCGGUGGGAUUCUUGGCGUGGACUAUUCGACGACGGAAUGUAUUUGUAGUAAGGGCUUCUCAGCCCAUUUUCCUGGGACAGCUCUGUGUGGGGACUUUGAUCAUGUCACUCUACGUGUUUCCGGCGAGUUUACCACCAGCCAGUACCAGCUUGGGUCCUGAUCGUGUCAUGGAUAUUGCCUGCAUGUCGCAGCUGUGGUUGCUAUUUUUGGGGUUUGUGACGGCGUUUUCGGCAGUCUUUGCCAAGACUUACCGUCUCAACCAGCUCAUGAAUUCGGGACGAGGGAUGCGACGAAUUCGCGUUGAUGCGAAGGAUGUGCAAAUGCCAUUUGCAAUCCUCAUGACCCUCAACGUAACCAUGCUGUUGUGUGUCACCUUUGCAGCUCCUUUUCGAUACCACCGAGUUGAAGUGGAUUCCUACGAUCGAUUCGGUCGUAGUAUCGAGUCCUACGGGACGUGCAGACCGGACAACAAUAUUGCCUUUCUCUUUGUGGGCAUCAUGUUCACGGCCAACUGUAUGGUUGUGUUAGUGGCUCUGUAUCAAGCCUGGAAGGCACGCAAUCUACCGACAGAAUUCUCCGAAUCCUACUACCUGGCGCUGUCCUUGGCCAGCUUCACCGAAACGUUGUGCUUGGGUGGGCCCAUCAUGCUCGUGGUGCACUCGCACCCAACAAGUUGGUACUUGAUGAGCACCAUUAUCGUGUGUGUAGGGAGUAUGACUAUCCUGCUCCCAAUCAUGCUUCCAAAGUACUGGAAUCGCAGAUACGUCGGGUCGACUUUUGCAACGGUGGGAGAAGCCGUAGGGCGAAAACGAGGAGGCAACAUUAGCGGUUUGGACGUGGGCGUGGACGGCUCCAGCUUUGUCCGCUUAAAUUCGAGCCUGAAUGGCAUGAGCUCGGAGUUGGACGACUUUGGUUCAUCCUUGAGGCGUGGCAUGAUGAGCGUGACUCGACGACCCAGUUACCACACGUCGGGGUCAUCAAAGAGAAAGAAACGACGAGAAUCGGGUCGAGAGUCAGGCAUCUCGCGCCGUUUGUCAAGUUUCAAAGGCAGGGUUGGAGGAAGUGUCAGUAGUUGGUGGGGAGCCGGUUCUUCGCAUAGAAUGGGGUUGGAACAUGAACAUGCUGAACUCGUUGCGGCUACCACCGGCCCAGAAUCUUUAGAACAGAGACGCCUCAACCUUGAGCAAUCUAUUCGACAACUUCAGAAUAUGUCAGGUAUACAGAUGAGUGACAGUAGCGAGGAAGGCGAUGAGGACGACGAAGUCGAUGAGGACGAAGGUGGCGCCGGAAGGUUCGAAGACGAAGACGAAGGAACGAGCCCCUGA